GUGCGAGAUGAGACAACCACACGCGGCCCCAACUCUACGUCUCAGCCACUCGGAAGCCACCUAGAUUCUAGCGGAGACGCUUGUAACCACAAUCAGGCAAUACACGCGGGUCGCCACUCAGCCCCAACAGUUCCUGACGAAGAUUUCUUUGCUCUUAUUCAACGAGUUCAGGCGACUCGCUUGGACGAGCAGCGUUGUAAUCCACCCGUGAACAUCAACCGAUCAGAUAGUUCUCCUCAUGUGGAACCUCCCAAUACCGCCCCCACCACCCUACCUGCUAACAGCAAUAACAGUGGCAACUCUAGUCAGAAAUCGACAAAGAAUCCUUCACGUCGCCCAGGUGGUAGUUGGCGCCGUUUAUCUUCAAAUCAGGGAAAG